AUGUCUGCUUCCAAAAAUGCUCUUUACGUUGUGGCCAUAGACUUUGGAACAACAUACUCUGGAUACGCCUUUUCCACGCGUUCAGAAUUCUUCAAAGACAAUGAAAAGGAUAUAGAAAAAAUAUAUACUGUUCACUGGAAUUCCGGAUCAUUGAUGUCAGAGAAAACACCCACCACCCUGCUACUCGACAAAGACCAAAACUUUGUCAGCUUUGGAUACGAUGCUGAAACCUUGUAUAGCAGAUUGCCGGAAGAGGAAAAGAAAAAAUAUUUUUAUUUUCGUCGAUUUAAAAUGAUGUUGUAUGACAAAGAAGGACAACUGAAAAUUACCAGAAAUACCAAACUAAAGGAUAUGACAGACAAGGAGAUUUCGGCCAUAGAUGUUUUUACACACUCCAUAAAGUAUCUAAGAGGCCACUUUUUGGAUAGUUUUGAAAAGCGGGAUUUAAACAAGGCUAUUUCUGAGGAGGGGGAUAUAAUUUGGGUCAUAACUGUCCCUGCCAUUUGGGACGAACCUGCCAAACAGUUCAUGGAAGAAGCAGCUGAAAAGGCUGGUAUUUCAAAAGCUUCCCUGAUGAUCUGCUUGGAACCAGAGGCUGCAGCCAUGUAUUGUAAAUGUUUACCUAUAGAAAAAGGCGAAGACUGUCUGAGCGCAAUGCAGCCUGGUCGAAGGUUCAUUGUUUUGGACGCUGGAGGUGGUACCAUUGACAUGGCAAUACAAGAAGUGACAAAAGAUGGAAAGCUACAAGAAAUUGACCGCGCUCAGGGUGGUGAUUGGGGUGGUAUAUAUGUAGACGCCCAGUUCAAAGAAAUGUUGGAGAAAAUCGUUUCCAAAUCAGUCUUUGAGGAUUUCCGCAUGCAGAAUCCUGGAGACUAUAUAGAGUUGUUUAGAAAUUUUGAAAGUAAGAAGAGAGAAAAAGCAAGUCGCAAAAAAGUUAAUGUGAAUAUACCGCAUUCUUUUCUGGAUGUAGUGAAUGGAGAUCUUAAUACGUUGACAAAGACUAAAGGCUUAGAGGAAUAUGUGACUUGGAGAAGAGAUAAAAUUUUCAUCGAGCGUAAAAAAUUUGAAGAAUUCUUUAAUCACGUUAUCGACAAGAUAGUCCUAAAAGUUGAGGAAAUGUUGCUAUCAGAGAAAGCCCAAGGAACCGACGUAAUUCUUAUGGUUGGUGGGUUUUCUGAGUGCGACCUCCUACAAAAGAGGAUAAGAGAAUCGUUCCCAGCCUGUAGAGUUGUGAUUCCCCCAGACUGUGGUUUGGCCGUAUUGAAAGGGGCCGUUAUAUUUGGUUUCGAUCCGAACAUGAUUUCCGCCAGAGUAGUGAAGUACACCUAUGGUGUUGGAACCAACACCUCCUUCAUUGAAGGCACUCAUCCUGAAUCUAAGAGAACUAUUCAGAAUGGAAAAGUUUAUUGCAAAGACAAGUUUGAUAUUCAUGUAAGAAAAGGAGACACAAUUCAUGUUAACGAAACUACAGACAAAACGUACAACCCAGUCUAUGAAGAUCAAACUGCUGUCGAAUUCAGAGUCUUCACGUGUACUCACAGGGAUCCAAUGUAUAUCGAUGAAGAGGGGUGUAAGGAGAUCGGUUCCUUGAGCGUUCCUAUGCCAGAUACUAGUGGGGGAACCAACAGGAAGGUCAAGGCCAAAUUCCACUUUGGGGGAACUAAGAUUACUGUUGAGGGCAUUGACGAAACGUCAAACACUUCAGUAGAUAUUAAAAUUGACUUUUUGGAAGGCUCGCCGUAAUCGUAAACUUUUUGGAGAAUGAAUGAAAUAUGGUCAAGCUUUUAA